AGUCAGUUGACUGUGAGGGAAAUAAAUGUUUGAGAGCUUUUUUAUACGUAUGUAUAUUUAACAUUCUGGAGGUGGAGUCGCCACAGAGACAGGAAAUGCCUUGACUAGCGGCUUCUUAACCAUAGAGUUGGGAGAGAAGGAAGAGGCGUGCCCAUGGCUAGAGCGUCCGGAAGAAGAAACAUCCGGGUUCCUCUCGGGAAACGAUAGCCGCCGGAAAGAGCGGCCUCGGCGUCGCCUCACGCGUUGCCCGCCCCGCGCCCCUUUCCACUACUGUAUUCGGAUUAAAUGCAUUGGCGGCUAAAGAAGACUCGGUGGCCGCUCUGCGCUUCGCUUGGCGUCGGUGUCUAUCGUCCGGGAGCCAGAGAGGCCCACAUGCGGAGAACGAGCCAGCUGCCAGCCGCGGGAGCUGAUGCGCAUGAUCAGGAACUGGAGACAUGGAGCCCCCAGCAUCUGAGAAAGCAUUGGAAGGGAGGAAGAAGUUCACUGUGAAGAUGGACGAUGAAGACAUAGCUCCGGUGAAACUUCUUUUCAAACCCUCUUCUGCAGCCACAGCCUCGCCAGCCUCCGAGGCCCCAGUUGUGCCAGGGGGCGCAUCGUACGCAGACUAUGUUGUUGGACAAGUGGCGGCCUCUUCAACUCCUCAGGUGAAGCAAGGAGCACCUGUUGCCACAGCCUCUGCUCUCCCAAGAGUGCCCCCUCCACAUUCCGAAAACAAGAGCCUCCCUGUCGUGCAAAGUGCAACGGAAGACAGAGCACUCCCCUUGAACCUAGUGCCAAAACCAGGAACCAAACACAACAGCAUCAUCGUCAGCCCCCGUCAGAGGGGGAACCCUAUCCUGAAGUUCAUCCGCAAUGUGCCCUGGGAGUUUGGCGAGAUUGUCCCGGAUUAUGUGCUGGGCCAAAGCACCUGCGCCCUUUUCCUGAGUCUCCGGUACCACAACCUGAACCCCGGCUACAUCCACGAACGCUUGCGCCAGCUCGGAAGGUCAUACAUGCUGCAGGUGCUGCUGCUUCAGGUUGAUGUGAAAGACCCACACCAGGCACUGAAGGAGCUGGCCAAGAUCUGCAUCCUCGCUGACUGCACCCUCAUCCUGGCCUGGAGCCCAGAGGAAGCAGGACGCUACUUGGAAACCUACAAAGCCUACGAGCAGAAGCCGGCCGACUUGCUGAAGGAGAAAGUGGACCAGGACUACCUGUCGAGAGUGACAGACUGCCUGACCAGCGUGAAAUCGGUGAACAAGACAGACACCCUGAGUCUGCUCUCCACCUUUGGAUCGCUGCAUAGCAUCAUCCAAGCUUCCAAGGAGGAUCUGUCCCUGUGCCCAGGGAUCGGGCCCCAAAAGGCCAGAAGGCUCUUUGACGUCCUGCACCAGCCGUUCCUCAAAGCUUCCAAGUGAGCAGGGGCCUCUGUGAUGAGAAGACCAGGAGCACGUAGUCUGCAAGUCUGUUGGCUGACAUCCCCCCACCCCUCAAACCUUCCAGCUCAAAAACUCAGUUGUUUGCAGAGCCUUGAGGAAGCCCGGCAGAGCAGCACAACCUCCUGGAAGGAGACAAAACCUUUUAUUUUUCUACCAGCCAACAAUAUUUCUCUUCUUCCCCACCCACUUUGCAAUAAAACAACACUGUGUGGCAAAAAAAACAAC